AUGGUUAAAGACUUAAAAACAUUUAAAAAUGACAUUGAUCAGGUUUUUUUUAAUUUAUUUCAAUCAAAUGAAUUAAUUAUGAUGAAAAACUUGAAUAUUUGGUUAAUUUUCAUCCUGAUAUUAACUGUAGCUGUCAUAAUAAUCCGUAUUGCAGAAUUUCUGAGGAAAGAAUCUAAAACAGUUGAGCAAAAAAAUUUGUCACCUGAAGAAAUUCAAGUAAUUAAAGAUGGAAUGAUCAAGGGAAACGUAACAUUGAAUCACAUAAAAAAACUGCGUGCUCUCCACGUAGCUACUGAGAGAUGUUACUUGAAGAAAAACGCUAAGCAAUGCAUUGAAAUCCUGACUUACUGCCCGCACUUGGUGAACGUGAAGCAAGGCCCCGAAGGACUGACACCGUUUCACCGAAUCUGUAACCACGGACACUCAGUGCUGAUGACUUUCAUGCUUUCAAAAGGCGCUGAUCCUUUCCUGACGACCAAUUCCGGAGAAAACGCACUGUGUCUGGCAAUUAGCUGGUGUAUCAAACACCCGACAGGAGGACUGGCUUGUGUUGAAAUUCUUCAGCAACACGGCUGCCGCCUUGACAACACCAACAAGUGGUUUAGAAUUUAUCUCCAUGCUGCUUCUCUGGCUGGUCACAAGAACCUCGUCCGCUGGAUGUUCAGUCAAGCUGCACCGUUAGCUUUUCGCUCUUCUUCAUUUCCUUUGAUUUAA